AUGAAACUUUCAUUUUGUAACUUGCAGAAAACAAUAAAUGUACAAGUUUCAAAUCACAACUCUCAAAACACGCAUCUCAGUCUACAGUUACAAAACUUAAGUCUACAAGUACAAAACAUUUUGUCCAAAUUCUAACUUCCUUCCCAAAGAACCAAUGACAGGCUUUAUCUGACCAGCCAAUCAUGAGUCUUGGAUUCCUGUAGAAGACAAUUCCUGUUGGAAGCAAGCUAGAAUUGGGAAAAACUGUUUUGUACUUGUAGACUUGAGUUUUGUAACUGUGACUGAGAUUUUUGAUUUGAGAGUUGUGAUUUGAAACUUGUACAGAGAUUUUUUUCUGCAAGUUACAAAAUAAAAGUUUCAUGCUAGGUUCCAAAGUUACAUGUUACAAAAUGAGAAUUACAUGCUACAAAACUAAAGUUACUCGUUACAAAACGAAAGUUAUAUGUUACGUAACAAAAGUUACGUGUUACAAAACAUGAAUUACAUGCUACAAAACUAAAGUUACCUGUUACAAAAUAAGAAUUACAUGCUACAAAACUAAAGUUACGUGUUACAAAACAUGAAUUACAUGCUACAAAACUAAAGUUACCUGUUACAAAAUAAGAAUUACAUGCUACAAAACUAAAGUUACCUGUUACAAAAUAAGAAUUACAUGCUACAAAACUAAAGUUACCUGUUACAAAAUGAGAAUUACAUGCUACAAAACUAAAGUUACCUGUUACAAAAUAAGAAUUACAUGCUACAAAACUAAAGUUACUCGUUACAAAACGAAAGUUAUAUGUUACGUAACAAAAGUUAUGUGUUACAAAACAUGAAUUACAUGCUACAAAACUAAAGUUACCUGUUACAAAAUAAGAAUUACAUGCUACAAAACUAAAGUUACCUGUUACAAAAUGAGAAUUACAUGCUACAAAACUAAAGUUACCUGUUACAAAAUGAGAAUUACAUGCUACAAAACUAAAGUUACCUGUUACAAAAUGAGAAUUACAUGCUACAAAACUAAAGUUACUCGUUACAAAACGAAAGUUAUAUGUUACGUAACAAAAGUUACGUGUUACAAAACAUCAAUUACAUGCUACAAAACUAAAGUUACCUGUUACAAAAUAAGAAUUACAUGCUACAAAACUAAAGUUACCUGUUACAAAAUGAGAAUUACAUGCUACAAAACUAAAGUUACCUGUUACAAAAUGAGAAUUACAUGCUACAAAACAAAAGUUACCCUUUAUAAAACGAAAGUUAUAUGUUACAUAACAAAAGUUACGUGUUACAAAACAUGAAUUACAUGCUACAAAACAAAAGUCACAGUUACAAAACAUGUAACAAGUUACAAAACUUGGUACAAGUUAAAUGUAAUAUUGUCCCAAUCCUAGUUCCAUACAUCUUGUCCUCACUCGUGUAGCGUCCAGAAAUGGUCAAUUUUCACCUACAUAUUGACCUACACAAUGUCCGGUCAUCUAAAGACCUAAUUCCACUAUCUGAGUGGAGUUUCUAUUCUGUCUUCUAAAGCCCAGAAGAUUCUGCAGUCCUUGUUGACAUUUCAGGUGGAACAAGAUGUCAGCCUAUGUGCCCAACAAAGCCUUCUUUUGAUAAGACUGCAGGAUUGCUCAUUCUCAUGAAAGAUGAACUUUUACAACUCAUACAUUAAAUAAUCAUUAAAUAACAAUAUGGUCGAAUGAACAAAUGUUAUAUGAAUACUAAUAUUAAUGUUUCAAUAAUCUGUGCCUAAUUCAAUGAAGCUGAAAUGAAUUGUACUAUUACAAUGAAACAUUUUGGUGUUUGGUUUAACAAGUGAAUCAUUAUCUACACUCAUACACAAUGUUCAGUAGAGAUAAGUUAAAGUUAACGUCACUGCACAUAAAGAUUCUUUAUCCACAGAACUAGAACAUUCGUGUGUUCUGAGGUUUGUUUGUUAACACCUCUUAACCUCUUUUGUCCUGAUUGGCCGUGUAAUCAUAACAUGUGAAUAUUACAACAGAAUCACUUACGGAGUGAUCCAGUUAGUUUUUGAGCAGAACUCCGGACUGACCACCGGGGAAAACUCUAACCACUGCAUCUCUUGACAAGCUGUCAAAACCUACACGCUACAGCGGACAGCAAAAACGGUUCCUUCAGCUAUUCAGAAACAGCUGUUCUAGACGCAGACGAUUUAAUCUAUCUUUUGUGAUCCGGGAGACAACUCUGGACUGACCUGGUCGUACUGCAGUCUUUUCUAUGAACUUCGGUACCUUGGGGUCACCCAACCCCCCGACGUCUCGGAUCCGAAGGAGAGUCUCCUCAGGGGUAUGUAGAACACAGCAAGAUUGUGUCUGAUGCCAUUUUGAUAAGAAACAACUUCAUAGUUUAAUGCAGACCAAAUUCUUUUCACACCCAGAACUCAGUUUCUUCUAGAUACAAGGUUCUGAUAAACACCCACUAUAAUCACCAUACAUCCCAUCCCAUCUACUUAUAUUCAUCCAUCACAUUCAUCUUAUUUAACUUGUCUUGUUUUUAAUUUGUUUAGAAAUUAAAUGUCUUACUUUUUAUAAACCUGACUCUGUCUGAAUUAAUACGAAGUGUGUUAUGAUCACUGAAAAAGCAAAGAAUCCUAGAAUCUUCUGAUUAAACAUUCAAAGACCAAGCAGGUUGAUAUUCUAUGCUUAUAUAGAAUAUCACAUCUUAUUGGUCAUAAGUAAAAGUAAUAUAUUAAGCUCAAAAGCAACAAUAUUUACCCCACAACAUAAUAACCAGUCUAUCAUGUACAAAUCAAAAAACACACUGUGCUAUUUCUGACUCAUUGAACGGUUGUUUAACUGCGCUGACAAAUUUGUAGCCUCCGGAAAUGGUCUGUUUUUCCAUCUACAGGUCACCCCUUUAGUAUCAAGUCAUUUGGAGACAUAAGUCUUAUCUGGAGCUUUAAUCUGCAAGAAAGAUACUGUCACUUGGCCAAGGUCCCUCCACGCUCAUUCUUAUCUAAGAGUGUUUUUUAGUCACAGCACAAGACGGAUGAACUUUCAAAAUUAAAUCAUAUAAUGAACAAUACUUACCCCAUAACAUACCCCCACAACACUUGUGAACAAGAACCCGAGAUACUUCAACUCCACUCCUCCAAUAUUCACUGCUUUAAUAUUAAAUCUGUUUACACAUCUAUACUUAUAUGUGUAAGGUCACAUCACAUUUAUAUUAUUAAUCAAAUAUGAAACAGAACUGAAACAAAAACAGCGCUAGAGUUCCAGACCCACGUUGCAAUGUUCUGUUUUUGCAGCGGCCUUACUUCCCUACCAACACCUAUGUUAGAUGCUGGGUCCUCCCCUUUUACUCCACCUGAAUCAAGCUCUAUGCAUAGGAGUGAAGUCUUAUCUCUAAACCAGAUGCAGACAUGCAGAAAAAUCCUGAGGCCUGUAGUCUGUCUGUUCAGACUGCUUAAAUCCCUCUACCCUGCAGGUAAAAUGAAAUGUCCACGGUGUUACGGAAACGUUAACCCACUUGUUCUCCCUGGGUGCUAGCGCUGCCCAAUCCUGGCUCUGGCCUGAUGGCUGAUGGUGGAGUCAGGUAGCUGUGGCAGCCUGGGCCUGGAAGCUUGUCCAGGUAGAUAGAUUUGCCCAGCUGGUCAGAUGGCUAACUCGCUGCUCAGCAAGUUCAAACGUGCAAAACAUGAUUCAAUCUAUUCUCAGAUUUGCUCAUUUAGUCCCUUAAAAAAAUCCAAGAUGGCUGCCUUUUUCCAGCCAUUAGCCACACGAUUGGCUCUUGGUACCAACCCUUCUCCCAAAUCUCAUCUUUGUUAGCCAACUGUUAAAUAAAGUGGAAAGUCAAAGCUCAGAUCCAGACAUUUUCAGAGUUGCAUGUUACACGAGGCUUGCAUGUUCUGAUUGGUUUGGCACAGAAACUCCUGACGUUCCUUGCUCUCACUCGCCUUGCUGCAACGCAUCCUCAAAGUCUAGGAAGUCUGGGAAAUAUGUCUGGUCAAUUCAGCUGAAAACUAACAAAGAUGGGCAGAAAAAGCUGCAGGAGUGAAAUGAUCCGAUGUCUUAUUUAAUUUUAGACAACUCUGACAGGUUGGGGAGAAAGAACUCAUCAUCCUGGAGAACCUGCAAAGACACCUAAGCAGCCCUACAGUUAAACUUUGACGUUUCUUGUUUCACCCAUCAGUGACUGGAGCUCAUGUUGCCAUUAAUCUCACAGGCCAAUAUUUAGAUGGAGGUGUUUUGGAGCAGACGUCAUCCUGCACAUUCUACCCUUAAUUAAAGAUCAUCUUCAUUUAAAUCACAAGCAAAAUAAACACAUAGAUAACUCUUAUGGGUGUUAUGCAGCAUGGGUGCUCGGACUGUCAAAAACAGAGUUAUGACCUAUAAUCCCAUCAAAGACACAGAGUGUUUUAAGAACAUGCAGAGAAAGGAAUGGGGGCAAAAGCAUGUAAGUGCAAAGACGAAAAGGCUGCAGGGGUGGUGAGAGAUGAGCAUUAAAACAUUAGGGAGAGAGAAUUACAGUGGCAGAGAGCAAGGACUUGUAGGGAGUGCUGGGAGAGCUCGCUGAAAGAACAAAGGGAGAGGUUUAUGGAGGCGCUCUGCAGAUAGGACUCAGGAUGACGGUCCAACACACCGUCGUAAAUCCCAAAUCCCACAGUCAACGCGCCGGGUCCAGGGUCAGGGAGGGAAAACACGGAGAAAAGGGCUGAGGAGAGGUGGGAGGUAGACCACGAUGCAGAAAAGAAAACUGAAAGAAAGGCCACGCCGAGGCAGGUUCACUCAAACCAGAUGUGACUUGAUUCUUAUCCUCUGAGUUACUGUAUGAGCUGCUCUGCUCUCAGAAACCGGACCGGACGGCAACAAUUCCAGGUGACGCCACAUCCAUCAAAUUAAAAUUCCCUGCUGCUCGUCAUCAUCACCUUGUGACACAACGGGCAUUCCUGACAUUCAGGCUGAUCCUGGUGCACCUGAGCAACACAAACGCCUGUGUGGGGCGAAUACCUGCCAUGAUGGACUUUAUUUACUGAGUGGAUUUAUGAUGGCUAAAAUGGAGGAAUUGAGGAGUUGAAUAAAAGUGGAGACCAAGGAGACCAGAGCACGGAUGCACGCAUGUACCUGCUCUUCACACUCUUCUGAUUAUUGUAAUGUUAUUUUCAUUUAAAACAUUAUUCAGAGGGAUCACAAAAAGUUGGACUUUAUACCUUCAAAUAGAUAUUCAUUGAGUAUGGUUGAUAUCAAACAGUGGAGUGUUAAACUUGGUGUGAUGUCACCGUGGGCUGUAACUUUUCAGCAGUCUAGGAUUCUUUCUUCACAACUGGUAGUGAGGGUGUUUAACACCGUGUAAGCUGUCUAUCCAACAAUGGGCCUGUGCUCCUUGUAUCGUGGUAUUUAUGCCUGUGUAUGAUUACCACGGUGACCCAAACAACCCACUGGCUGCAGCUUUAACAUUUCUGUGUUCAAUAUACUCCAAUAGAAAUUAGCAUGAAAGAAAAUGUCCUGAUAGAAACUGGUUUAAUAUUUUCUAUAACCAAGCAGAUCAGAUGAAUAGAACCUUGAUUUUUAAUUCAAUUUAAGUCUUUGGUGUGGCAUGUUGUUUCUUUUGCAUAAUCCAGAUUGCUGUGUGUUCGUGUGUGUGUGUGUGUGUGUUAUUUCCUCUCUGAAAACAAAAGGCAUUCAGUUCAUUCAGCAGCCUAAUUAGUGCACAGAUACCUCUAUCAGAUUUAACUACCUGAGCCGGAUGAUUAGUACAUCAGUUAGCAAUGUUUGAAUGGGUCUCUGUGCGUGUGUCGGUGUCUCCACCGUGCGCUACUGCUGACGCACGUGUCCAGAGGUUUAAAAUCACCAGGACUGGUCAGUGUGCAGAAAGACAUGUGUCCAAACACCGCCCUGGUAGACAGUGUAAAACAGAGCUCCUACCAUGCUGACCACAGUGACACUGCUGGCGCUGCUGAUGCUGGGGGGUCUCGGAGGGGCUGCAGCAUACGACUUCCGUGUCUUUGGGAAAUCCAUCCACAACGACGAGACCCUGCAAAGCAGCAACGGCAACAGGUACUCGAUUAGGAAGCUGCCUCGCCAACAGCUGAUGAGUGGAAUCCGCAGAAGCUUAGACUUGGAGAGCUUCAAAAUUCACGUGACCCCCACCACCAGCAAGAUCAGCCUGCCAACCAUCAUUAAGCUGUACCCCCCCACUGCCAAACCGCUGCACAUGCACGCCAACAUGCCCCUGCGCUUUGGCAGGGACAGCAGUGACGACAGGGCACCCAACUCCAGACCCAACAUGCCCCAGAGGUUCGGGAGGUCUUGGGAGCUACUCCAGAUGUGUGGAGAGUGCCGUGACAUCAGAGAGGCUCCAAGCCCCGUCCUCCCACAGAGAUUUGGGCGAAAUGCUCCUUACUGGAGCCUGCUCAGGACUCUGGCCAGUGAGCAGUUAUUAAACACUGGUGUGCGCUGGAGUGAAGAUUUUGACUUUACAAGCAGCUCAGAAGAAGAUGCGGGCAUGGAAGUGAAAACCUUUAAAGGGUGAAGAGGUCCUUUUACGCCUUCUGCUUCAGAAUCUACUGUUUUUAUUGCAAACACGAAAGUUUUAGCUGAAGUCUUACAAAAAUCUGAGUAGUCCGAUUUUAGAUGUAGUCUCUUUUAAAAGGUGUCACUCAAUGGAAACCCAAACAACUAAAUAAUUGUGCCAUUUGAAAAAAAACUGAAGCAAAAAUAAAGCUGUGGUAGUUAAAAUAAUUUUUUAUUGUCUUGUCUUUUAUAAAUCAUCUAAAUCUCUCACAGAUCCACUAAAUACUCCAUAUUGGUUUAAAUUACAUUUAACAAAAUAACAAAGACUAGAUCGGUUCACAGAGUCUGACUAAAAUAAAUUUUUUUUUUUACAUAAUUAGUUCAUCUAAUAUUCUGUGUUUAUUUGGUUUGGUUUUUAUAUUUCUGAAGCAAUGAAAGCAGAAGUAGAAAUAAAUGUGGCCAGUUCUCAUCAUAGUUUUACAACAAAUAAAAUGUUGACAUGUUUUCAUAUAAAUAAAAAAAAUGUGUAUUAAAAAAUUAACUGUGUUUAUCAGGCAAAAGUUUUGCAAUAAACCCAACAUUAGUGAGUGAACGUGAACCUAAUCAGCACAGCUGUUACAGGAACUAGCCACCAGAGGGUGAUAGAACACAUCACUGGUGUUUUGUCACAAUUUUGGGUCAAGGUGAAAACAUAAACUGUCUUCUUUAAUGUUUUUUAUUUAACAAGAAGAGGUGAGAGUUUAUGAGGAGCACAUAAAUAACCCCAAAACAUCAUUGUUGAGAAAAAUAAGUAAGUAAAUUUUAUUUAUAUAAUGAACCUUAAAACAAAGCAACAAACCAUCAUAAAAUCAAUUUAAAAUCAUGAAAUUAUAAAAUGAAUAUAAAGAUCAAUAAACAAAUGAAAGAUGAUUAUAAAUAUGAGUUAAGAAGAAGAAGUGAUGAUUAAUACAAAUGGAAACAGAGUUCCCUUAACUUUAAAGAUAUUGGCCAGAGGCAAAAGUCCUUUGAAUGGCACGUGUAAAGAAGUAUUAAAACCUCAGAUGAAAAAGGUUUUGGGAUUUUUACGGCUGGAAUUUUAAGAAAAUCUGAUUGAUUGGUGCAGGAAAAACAAACUAACUUCCAGUCUAUGCCCUGGGCCGCUGGUGACAUUUCACAAGGAGAUCUGCUGAAACAGCCAUAGUAAACAACCCCAGACUCCGGAGUUUCUGCAUUAGGGUUAUUGACCCUUUGCACCGACGUCACCUAAUCACGUGGGUCCACAGGUGGACGGCAAAAGCAUGUAAACAGCCAGCGACACGACUACUAAACAAAGGGGAAAGAAGAGCCUGAAAUUGUUUUGCGAUCAAAACAAAAACAAAACUCCUCCAGCAUUCCUUCAACUAGUUCAUGCCCAGUUCAGUUAUCAGAAGUAGCGCAUCUUGCGGGGGCUCAUAGAGAGCAGUAUGUUAACUAGCUUACCAACGUUAGCUUACAUUCUCUCUGCAGCUGUUCACCAAUGUAAACAUGUUGCUGACUUUGCCUAAAUUCACCCCUCUGGAUUUAUAACUUUAUGUUGUAAACAGCGUUUCACUUUACACCAAAGCUGAUUUUUAAAAAGUCCGGAUCCCUACCAGCUUCUGUUGCUGGUGGUGUUACCGGGUUCAGCUGCUGCUCUCACACCGGAAUGAGAAGAUCUCUGAACGCCGACGCUCAUAUAAAUAAAUAUCGUAAUUUUAGCACACGUAAUCAUAUAUCGGAGCUUUAAUAUUGUUAAUAAUUGUCUCGCUUUACACUACACUGGACGGAGCGCAGCCUCCGUGGUGAAAUACCCAUCCAUCAGGCAAUAAUUAGUAUAAACACAUCACAUUUAUCCCUGUCCCUGUCUUCCUCGUGAAAUAAACUAACGUUAAUCUUACCCGGUAAAAACAUGUUCGCUGCAAAUCUGAGGCCAGCUAGUCCGCUUGAUUGAUUGAUCGCUGCAGUUCAUCUCCGUCCUCAGUCUCCAUCAAAGUUAUUAAAAAUAAAAAACGAGUUGGGUUUACGUCCUUGUCUCUUAGUGCAGCCAACCACGCAGCAAGCUAAAACCAUUUUACUGUCAAAUCAACUAAAUAAAAGCAAUAAAAGGCUACAAACUGGCUUGUUUGGACUAUCCUCACUGGAGUUUCUAUGGGUGUAAACGGUCUUUUUGCCGUCCAUCAUGGCGAAGGGGGCGGUCACAUGAGUGGCGUGACGUCACGUGCAAAGGGUCAAUAGCAAAACAAUGUGUCAUCAGUCAGAUGUUGCUUCUGAAGCCUCUGCUAGUCGGUCAGAUUAGUUUUUUCUCUGGGACACAACGACAAGAACAGAUAUUGGAUUACCGGAGAAGUUUAACCGCUAGCUAUCACUACCAGAGGUGCAGACGUGUUUUAGACCGUUUGAUUCUGAAGACCUGCGACCCGAUUUGAACAUUGAGGUGGAUUCUGUUCAACUUCAGAACCAAAAUUGGUACAGUUUGUUUACUUCUGUUAAAUAUUUGAUUUCUGUGCUCCACCGAGAGCUCUAAACUGACGAGUUCUCAGCUGGUUUUAGCUCCAUCACUCGUUUGCACUAAUCCACGAUUGCACGCAGGUUCUACUGGUCCAUGGUGGAUCUAUUGUUAAUAUGGGAAUCAUCUUUUAGAUUAUAUCUGUGUGUGUCGUUGUUUUCCCAAAUGACUUGUUUUUUCCUUAUCGGAGCGAACACAGUUAACAGUGUUGCUGCAGUCAUGCUAACAGGACUCGGACUCCAGAAGUACCGGUGCGGUUCCAGAUGGAUUUAUAGAUAUAGGUUAUUAUUUUAGAUCAGACCUAUGUUAUUUAAAAUUGUGUGUAGGACACGGACACAUGGCUCAGACCUUUUGCUGCAGCUGUAAACGCAAUUUUUUGUAAUAAUUAAGAGCACGAAACUAUCCAAACUAGUUAUUCACAAUACUAGCAUCAGCAGCUACCUCGUUUUACGUGCUGGAGUGACGUAUGCGGAACACAGCUCUUCACUCUCUGGAGGAGAGAAUUUUAAUUUUCUGUAAUGAUUUAUGACAAAAUUCCUUAACAAAAUGAAAAACUGAAUGCAGUUCAUAUUUAUAUAGAUGGUAAAGUGUAGUUAUACAGAAUUUCUACAAUUUUAAUGCCAAGUCUGGCCAAUACCUUUAAGUGUCUUAAAGGCACGGUCCGUAAAAUGACACCGUCAGGGUGAGGAGGAGAUUUUUAAAUUCGAACGGCUGUUGCUCACUCCCCCGCCUCCCCCGCCCUUCCUGAAAGAGCCGAAAGCCACGCCUCCUAAUGUGCACGCGCAGGAAAAGCCGAGUCAACACCAGAGCAUUGCUUCUUCGUAAUAGAGCUGAGCUAGUGUUAGCAAUGGAGUUAUCUGAGGUAAGAAAGUUGUUUUUAACCAGCACGUUAAACACUUACUGUUUACAAAAGGCAUUUUAUAAAGAAUAUCUAUAAAUAUAUACAUAUUUUAAAAUACCAGUAACAGUUGACAAUCUAUAUUGUAAAUAAAAUGAAUCCUAUCAAAUUGUUAGCAUUUUAUUACGAGUAAUUAGCUUAUUUUUAAUUGCUUUGCCAUUCAAGAUGGGAUGAAUAUAUCAAAGCAUAUAAUUUAUGUGGAAAUCAUGAAUGAACACUGCAUUCUGUGUAGUCCUCCUAUAAUCAUGGUUGUUUUCAUAGGGUUUCUGUUUAUUGUUGGUUUAGCCCAAAUUUUGACUAGAUGUAAACCUGAUCUGCGUCAAAAUUGAUUAAUAUGCAAGAGUACUUUUUAUAUUAGUAUAAUUUUUUUUUAUUCUAAUACAAAUUAGAGUUCAGUGAUUGAGGAACCCUCUGAGGAAGAGUUUGAACCUCCUAUUGCAUCCUCAAGACGUGGUGCAAAAAGGAGAUGCCCACAAUCAUCUCAAAGCCGUGGUGCGUCUAGAGGCCGAAGAAGUGCGAGACACUCAGCUGUGGACCUUGGAGAUGAUCUCUCGAGAGAGAGAGCGAAUAGACUUUGAAUGUGUAAGCAUAACAAAAUUACACUAAAUGAUCCUAAAAUCUGUUGCUGUAGCUUCUCUUUCCACUUUUGUAGCAACACAUACAGAACCUGAACCCUCAGCAGGCUAUUGACGUCCUUACCAUGGUGCUGGACAGAGACCCUGGUGUUCUCAUUUUAAUCCAGUGUUUCCUCUGUGGGGGCCCUCUGCCCCGGGAGCGGUGGUCGACUGUAGCUUCCUGGGCGCUCUAUAGGUGGGGGUCUAUGCUCCCCCUCCACUGAGCGCCCUGACUUAGUGUGGAAGACCUGAUGCUGCCGGGGAAGACGGCUCCUCUGAUGGCAUUUCCUUGCGUUACCAUACUUGGCUCAUCUGGACUCAGCCUAAUAUAAUUUUUACUUGUGUAUGUGUGUGAGUCUGUGUGUGUGUGUGCGUCUGCUUGCAUAUGUUUGUAAAUGUUUUUAACCUGUUAUGGGAAUCUGGGGUCAUUUUGUAAAGCACUUUGAAUCACACUUUGUUUGAAAAGUGCUUUAGAAAUAAAAUAAAUAAAUAAAUAAAUAAGUACUUGCCCUCUCUGGUCCACCUGCCACAGCACCUCCAACAUCCAAUCAACCUUCAUGGUGUGUAUGCUCCCACUGCAGAGAUAUGCCAACUGAUUUGGAAAAGAAAUGCUGCCAACAGCCUCCCCAGACAUGUAUUUCAACUGUACCACACAUGGAGGAGUUUAUUCUGCAAAAUGGUGUUCUUCACCUGGCCAGAACAUUGUGGAAUGAGUUUCGAGUGGUUUAUGAUGACCCGGACCCUGGUGAGGACAACAGACAGUUCCGCCAUGCAGCUUACAGACAGUUUGUAGCACGGCAGCAUGGAAAACUUGGUGGAGGGCGCAGAGUAGUAAUCCCAAGCUGCAAGGACACUGCUUGUUUCUACAUGAUGUCAGAAGGACACUGCUUGUUUCUUUAUGAUAUCAGAAGGAGACUGCUUGUUUCUUUAUGAUGUCAGGAGACUGCUUGUUUCUUUAUGAUAUCAGAAGGAGACUGCUUGUUUCUUUAUGAUGUCAGAAGGAGACUGCUUGUUUCUUUAUGAUAUCAGAAGGAGACUGCUUGUUUCAAAAAAUGAACAUUUUAAUGUUUUAAUGAACCUUUAAACGUUUUUAAAAAUGAACAUUUAAACGUUUUAAUGAAAAAUUUAACGUUUUAAUGAAUAUUUAAACAUUUUAAUGAACAUUUUAACGUUUUUAAAACUGAACAUUUAAACGUUUUAAUGAAGAAUUUAAUGUUUUAAUGAACAUUUAAACAUUUUAAUGAACAUUUUAAUGUAUAUAAAAAUGAAUAUUUA